UACUACCGUGUUUUUUAUUCAACGCCACAGCGGUCAGGCAGGAUCUUCCCGUCAAGUUGGAACAGUCAGAAGGAUUCCUGUAUUGUGAACAUGCGUCUUUGUAGAGCAUGCGCUCUCUUGGCGCUUUUAUUUGUGUCGUCUUUGGACUCAUCAGCAUCCUUUGAGACCACGGUGUUGCCAAAAAAAGGCUUAGAGGUCAAAGUGUCCAGCAAGCUGCCUGAUUGUACCGUAUGCACAGUCAGUGGGGAUAAUGACACCCAGAAAUCCUGCCAAGUUUCUCUUACUUUAGUGCCUGGAGAGGAGGUUAAACUGCAGUUUAUCUGCUCGAAGCCCAUCGAACAGUCAUACAAUGUGACACUUACCAGUGUACUGGAAUGUACGCAGCAGAUGUGCAAGCCCAACGUGGUAGAAGCGCAGUCAUCCAUCCUGUCAGAGUUCACCAGAACCUUCAUCUGGAAGCUGAAAGCACCUGAAAAGACACUUGUGAGUCUGAAUGUCCUUGGGGAUGGACUGACCAAGACUUCACAGCCUUGCUCAGAGGGACUGCAGUAUUCAGUGGUCACAUCUGGAACAAACAAAGAGGAUCCAACUCAGUACUGUCGGGGAGGUUUUGAGACGCGACUUGAGCUGUUCAAUCAAGGGGUGGUGUCCCUAGAAGCUAAACCGAACACAAAAGUGGACUCUUUACUGUUUCAGGCCUCAUCCGAAACAAUAAAACGAAUGACUGUAACCAUUGGUCCCAGUUCAACUGUGGUCCUGAGCCGGGAUCCUGGGCAGACAGAAUGUGAAGUGUGCGUCGAUGACGGUACCAGUUCUGACUGCAGCUCAACAGAAAAGACACUAAAAAGUGCUGAAAAGCUUCCUUUGGAGUUUAGAUGCCUCCAACCUCAAGAUGUGUUCAGUAUGAAAAUGACAACAAAAAUUGAAUGCACAAAGAUUUCCUGCAACCCUGCUGUGGCCGAAGUAGAUCCGGAGCUCUUCAAGGGCUUCAAAAAAACCAUAACAUGGGACAUUAGUGUUCCAGACAGGACUGUUCUAACUUUAGACUUUCCUAGGAAUGGACUAAAGCAAAUUUCUGCAUCAGAGAAUUGUGAGGAUGGUUUUCAGUACAUGGUCAGUACUACAAGGAGUGAUAGAGAGUUGAAAACUAGCAGUUAUUGCAAAGGUGGGACAGAGUCUAAACUUGACUUGCUCGGAGCAAAGACUGUGACUGUUGAAGUGCCAAAAGGAGGAGAACUGGACCGGACUAUAUUCAGUUUAAAAGCAUCACCUAGAACUGGAAGAAUCAUGUCUGUGACCUCUGACCCCUUCACAAAUGUCAUCAUCAGCAGGGGGCCCAAAGAGCCAGACUGUCAAAUCUGUGUAACUGAGGGAUCCCAACAGACCUGCAGCCCACAAAUUCGGAGACUGAAGAAUCCUCACAACACUUCAGUGGAAUUUACAUGUCCACAGCCCCAAAAUAUCUUCAAUGUGGAGAUAAACAGAGAAAUUGACUGCACAGAGACAACCUGUUCUGGCAAUACCGUCCACACCGAGACGAAGUUUUUUCCCGACUUCAACCGGACUUUCGUCUUUGACUUCAAAGUUGUAGCCACUCGAGCUUUCCAGAUGGUCUUUGAAAAAACGGGACUGCGACAGAUUCCCAAUGGAGAGACCUGUCCAGAUGACCACACGUAUUCUGUUGUCAUCUUUUUGCGCACGGGCUUAACAAAUAUCGGCACUUUUUGCAAAGGUGGCCACGUGACCAACAUAAUGGCUCGUUACAAGGGCCGUUUGAUCCUGAAGGUGCCCGGGAAUGUGAAGGUGGACCCUGUGGACUUCCAACUUAAUGUUGGACCUGAGACAAAAAUGGUGGCCAUAAUUACGGUCAAUCUACCACGAGGCCUAUCAGACACAGACUUCAUCACACCCAACUAUCCCAAGGAUUUCCCUGAUCAACAGCAGAUCCAGUGGGAGUUCAUCGUCCCCGGCAUGCACAACUACACUGUUCUCUUCCAUGAUCACUCGACCCCUGUCUGUCUAAAUGGUGGAGUGGGGGUGGAGUAUCAACAGGAGGACAAGAGGGUGACCAAACGAUUACUGACGGAUCCCCAGCCUCAGCACUAUCAGGGCAACUUUAACUUGGUGCUAACUAACUGCGAAACAAACUCGACGCUAACGGGACUCAGCCUGAGCUACAGAGUCUCUGUGAUGAGAAGUGGCCAUCCAGUUCUCUGUACAUUGGAUCUAACCAAACACCAGAGAGUGUCUGUGCAGAUUGAGAAGGUGGGUUCUGACCCUUUUUGUGAGAUAAGUAUAAACUCUGUCGUGAAAGAGAACAUAACUGUGGCUGAAGGCACCACGGCCAAACUCUCCUUCCUCGACUGUCCAAAGGAUGAUGUUCGCCUGACUGCAAGCCAAGUUAUUGCGUGUCAGAAUGUAGCAUCAUGCCCUUCAGCUUCCCUCUCUGUUCCCACUCUGGAUUCUUGUCUGCCGAUACCCCUUCAGAACUUCACGUGGCAACUCACCAUCCCCAACGAAGCCACCCUGGACCUGGUGUCUCCCACUGGAAGUCUCCGGCAGUCCCUGCCAGGGGAGGAGUGCGAUCCAUCGACCUCACUGCGCUUGGUCGAGGCCGGCGGUUUUUCCUUUGGAGAUUUCUGCUCCAAUGGUGUGAUCCAGAAACUUCAAGUGCAUGCCAACGUCUCCGUCACAAUUAUGCCGCUAGACUUCACGAGGUGUACGAAUCCUUUGCUCAAUGUCAGUGUCAGUCCGGAGAUCACAGAAACCAUCAUCUACAGGGUCAGCCCCAGCAUAUUGUCUUCCACGAUGCUGGCCACCCCAAGCUGGCCCCAGGGAAUGAAGCCUCUCUCCACAGUCUCCUGGAUUGUGGAUCUUCCUAGUCGGUACAAAGCACACCUCCAGUUUAUCAAUGUCACCCAGCCCACUUGCGCUGACAGACACACCUGCAUCAAGGUGAAGUUGCUGGGCCAGAAGGAGGAGCUCAUGAGCCGCAGGGAGGACGAGAAGGUGGAGAACCUGUGGAUCCAGCAGAGCUUCUACCUGAACAUGUCUAACUGCAUGCCAGAAAAGAACCAUUUUGGUGCCAGGAUCAUGAUUGUUCUUCAGAAAAAGAAUGAUCUGUUGAUCAUCCUUCUUGGAUUGUUCGGAGCUCUUCUGGUUCUGGUCAUAGUACUAGCUGUUGUAUGUAUUGUAAUAAGGAAAAAGAAAGCAAAAAUGAACAGAGAAUCUUCCAUUUACAUGGGCAAAGGAAAUAUCUUCCGUCCAAGUGACAAGCACUUCACCAAAACCCGGGCCGACAAUGACUCCCACGUCUAUGAGAACAUAGAUGACACCAUGGUCUACGGCCACCUCCUGAAUAACUCCACCUACGACAGUGUGGAACAGCCAAAAGGAAUGCUGGUUGACUCUUAUCAAACGUUUAUGGGUCCCACUGAUGGACCGCUGCCAAUUAUUAAGGAACCUGAUCCAGAGCCGCUGAAGGAGCGUUACCAAAUCUUUUUGGACCCUUCUGAGACUUUCAUCCCGUCCCGUCCAUGCACUCCCAUCAAUCGGCAGGACAGCCUCGGCUUCCAGGACCGCAGGAUGAUGGAUAAUGAACUCUACACAUUCAAAGCCACGGGGGAGAUGAACACGAUCCGUCUCUCCAGCGCCGACCUGGACCCGCAGCCACCACUACCGGAGGAGAGCUUGUAGCGCUAAAGGACUCCAUCUGUGUGAUUGACCUGUUUUACUGAAGUCUUGUCAGGUUAUGAGGUCUCUAUCAAACUCUGGGAAUCUGAGGUCUUUUUAGUGCACCCUUUGACAUCUCUGUAAGGCUCUAAGGAUUAAAAGUCUGUGCCUGAAUAAUUUUGGGAAUAGGAUGCACUCUUUCUCGUGCAAGAGAUUUAACGCUGCUCACUUGGAAGCAGCGUUAAAAGCUAAAAACAAAUCUGUGACCUCUCGGACAAUUCUUGAGUUUUUAUAAUUGUUGUUUCUGCUUAUUUUGAAGGGAAACAACAAAAUGAUUUUAAAAACUUUGUAAAAUACUUUUCUACACUUGUUUGAGUUUUGGUUUUGACAUUUUUAAAUUUGAAUAAAGACUGAAAUUAAUUAACAUACCAUUACUGAUUUCCAGAGAGAAAA